AUGGGCAAUUGCAAUGCCAGCGUCGUGAAUGCCGAGAGCGCCGAGAUCGCGGUCGAAUCCUUGCAUCCGAACGCAAAGUCCCUCCCCUUGCGAACCAACAUGAAGUUCGGAUGGCGGCCGGACAUGCCGGACCAUCGUGACCAUCGAGUAACCUUCGACAAGGUGGACGCUCCCAGCCACAUCAAGAAGCGAUCUGAGGGAGAGAAGGAGAUCAUUGACCUUCGCCCUCAGAACGGUGGCUUCCCCAUCUUCGACCAGGGACACUUGGGCAGCUGCACAGCCAACGCUUUGGCGGCCGCCUUCCACUUCACCCUGCACAAGAUGACGGUGGAGAACCACAAGGACUUUGCGGACUUCACACCGAGCCGCCUGUUCAUCUACUACAACGA